AUGUUCAUUGCUGUGUCUGGGACGCUAUCAUCGGGAAAGUCAGAGGUUGUCAGAUACCUCACCUUUCAAGGGUUUCUCCCUGUUUCAAUCAAAGCAUCGCCGUCUGAGAGUUGCAUUUCAGAUGCUGCGAAUGGCCAUUCCUCAAAGCAUCUUACUGGGAACGCAAGUUACUGCAACGGCACAGCUUCGUCAGAGAGGAAAGAGUUUGAAACAUUCGACUCCCUUCUUGAACACGUUACCACAAACUGGCGUUCUAACUUUGUGUUGUCACACAUCGACGACCUGGAGUCGCUUAGGGCUCUUCAAAAGAGACCUUUCUUCCUUCACCUCUCCAUUGACGCUCCCUUGAACUUGCGUUAUCAACGGCACUUACUCAAAAACGGAGAUAAAGGAUUGAGUCGAAGUGAUUUCAUUUCCCAAUCAGACGAUCUAUUGUUCAACGCAGCGAACCCUCUCAUUGAAAUCAAUAAUCAGGCUCACAUCAAGAUCGUUAACACGUCCAGUUCCCUCAAGGACCUCUAUGUCAAAUUGAGUGAGCUUGAUCUUCUAAAUCAAGAAAGACUUCGACCCACAUGGGACUCGUAUUUUAUGCGUUUGGCCGACUUGGCUGCCCUCAGAUCAAACUGUAUGAAGCGAAGAGUUGGAUGUGUCAUAGUGAAAGACAACAGAGUAGUAGCUACGGGAUACAACGGUACCCCUAGGAACCUCACGAACUGCAAUGAAGGCGGGUGCCCUAGAUGUAACAACGGCCACGGAAGCGGUGCAGCUUUAUCUACAUGUUUAUGCUUACACGCUGAAGAGAAUGCUUUGCUUGAGGCUGGCAGAGAUCGUAUCGCCGGCGAGAACUCCAUACUAUAUUGCAAUACUUGUCCUUGCUUGACGUGUUCGAUCAAAAUCGUUCAGAGUGGAAUCAAGCAAGUUGUCUAUGCACAGAGUUAUUCCAUGGAUGAGCAUACACACAAAGUAUUGAGUGAAGCUCGCGUUGUGUUGAGACAGUUCACCCCACCGAAAGAUGGUAUCUUUGUAUAA